AUGCUGGCCCUGAUUUCUGUCAUUGGAUUGCUGGCCCUUGGGCUUUUCUCCUUGGUGCUGCAACAUGUCUAUGUCUACCUUCGAGAUGCAAAGGGUCUUCGCAAGUUCCCUGGUAUGACACCCCUUGCACCCUUCACCAACAUCCCUUAUCUCCGAGUCAGCGGCCAGGGCCGUAGAUUUAAGGCUGUCUACGAAGCCCAUCAAAAACUCGGCCCCGUUGUCCGCGUUGGGCCCAACUCCGUCUCCUUCAGCGAUCCUGUUGCUAUCAAGGAUAUCUACGGUCACGGUUCUCCCGUCACCAAAGACACCUUUUAUGACAACCUCGCAGGAUCCCAUCGCCACCUUGCCGAUGUAUCCGACAAGCAUGACCACUCUCGAAAGCGCCGUGUUCUCGCUGCUGCCUACUCACAGACAGGCCUGGAGAGCUGGGAACACAUCGUGUUUUCCAGGACUCGUGCGCUAGUUGAUCAAUACGACAAGGCUUGCAUUAGCCCAGAAUAUAACCCGUCUCCUCAUGCGAUCCCGUCGACGAGCGAUCCCAACAAGACCAAGGGUUGUAUCAACCACCGACAAUGGAUGAAUAUCUUCGCUCAAGACGCCAUCUGCCAGAUUGGAAUGAGUGCAGACCUCCACAUGCUGGAGAAAGGAACCGACACCGUCACUAUCGAAACCCAUAAUGGGAAAAAGAUCACGGUCGGUUACCGACAAUCCCUCUGGGGAGGACAAAAGAUUCAACGAAACUUCGCCUGGUCCCAUGACUGGUAUAAGAGGAUGGCCAAGUUGACCUCCUGGCACCCUGGUUGGGCACACAACAAGAACUAUGAUGCCAUGGUCUAUUACUUCACCCGUAAACGCCUUGAGAGGUACAAUAAGGGCGAGAAGCUCGAUGACUUCUUCACCUAUUUAUUCGAGGACAAGUAUGGAAACCCCAACAUGUACCCCAUGGGCGAGCUUGCUGCCGAGGCUAGCAUCAUGAUGAAUGCUGGCUCUGAUACUACCGCAAUUGCCCUCACCAAUGUCCUCUACUGGCUUCUCAAGAACCCAGAUGCCCUCGCGAAACUCCGCGAUGAGCUAGAUGCAGUUCUUGACCCCGAUGAGCCCGUUGCUCCAUUCGACCGCGUCAAGCAUCUUCCCUACCUCCGCGCCUGUCUCGACGAGAGCAUGCGCCUCACUCCCCCCAACACAAUGAACAUUCCUCGCAUUACACCUGCCCAGGGUCUAUCAGUAAUGGGAUACUGGAUUCCGGGCAGGACUACCGUCCACUGCUCCACCUACACCAUACAUCGCAACCCCAAGAUCUUUGUCGAGCCUUUGGCCUACAAGCCCGAGCGCUGGCUAGGCGAGGAGGGCAAGGAUCUCCAACAGUACUUCCUGACCUUUAGUGCGGGCGCAAGAGGCUGCAUUGGACGAAACAUUACUUAUAUGGAGCAGACUAUUGUGCUGGCUAGUCUCAUUUUCCGAUUUGACUUUUCGUUAAUGUCUGAUGAUUGGGUCCUCGAGCAGGAGGAGAGCUUUACGUGCUCCCCUAGUGACUUCCCAAUUAGAGUACGCAGGAGGGAUUUUGAGAACCUCAAGGCUUAA